CCCUGCAUGAGGCCACGCCCCCCGCGGUGGCCCCGAGGUUGGUUGCGCGGGUGCCGGGGAAGGAGACGCUGCCCUUCCGCAGCGAUGGGAUCCUGGCUCUUUGCAAGGACGCUCUGGUAUGUGUGUUCCUGUCUUUUCGAAGCGUGGACGGUGCCUGGGACCCAGCCAGCAGCCAGUUGAAGACAUUUUUCUUGGACGCUCUGAGACCCGAGGGUGCUGGUCCUGCCAUGGCGUUCCGGAGGACUGAGGGCAUGUCCAUGAUCCAGGCGCUGGCCAUGACAGUGGCUGAGAUCCCUGUGUUCUUAUACACGACCUUUGGGCAGUCUGCCUUCUCCCAGCUGCGGUUGACACCAGGCCUACGGAAGGUCCUCUUUGCCACAGCCCUGGGCACAGUGGCCCUGGCCCUGGCCGCCCACCAGCUAAAGAGGCGACGGCGGAGGAAGAAGCAGGUCGGCCCCGAGAUGGGAGGUGCACAUCUGGGCACGGUGCCCCUGCCCAUCCUCAUGGCCAGGAAGGUCCCAUCAGUGAAGAAAGGCUAUUCCAGCCGGAGGAUCCAGAGUCCCAGCAGCAAGAGCAACGACACGCUGAGUGGCAUCUCCUCUCUCGAGCCCAGCAAGCACUCGGGCUCCUCCCACAGCCUGGCUUCGACAGUAGCCGUGAACUCGUCCAGCCCCACAGCUGCGUGCUCAGGACCAUGGGACACCAGAGGGAUGGAAGAGUCCGUGACCACCAGUGACGGCAACGCAGAGAGUCUGUACAUGCAAGGCAUGGAGCUGUUCGAGGAAGCUCUACAGAAGUGGGAGCAGGCGCUGAGCGUCGGGCAGAGAGGGGACAGCGGCAGCACCCCCACACCAGGGGAGAGCCUGCGGAACCCCGAGACUGCUUCGGAGGUGCUCUCUGAGCCAGAGUCCCAGCGAAGGGAGUUUGCAGAGAAGCUGGAGUCCCUGCUACACCGGGCUUACCACCUGCAGGAGGAGUUUGGGUCCACCUUCCCGGCCGACAGUGUGCUGCUGGACCUUGAGAGGACCCUCAUGCUGCCCCUGACCGAGGGCUCCUUGCAUCUACGGGCGGAUGAUGAGGACAGCCUGACCUCUGAGGAUUCCUUCUUCUCCGCUACUGAGCUCUUUGAGUCCCUGCAGGCGGGAGAUGACCUGAUCCCACUGUCCAGGCCGGCUGCGGCUUACGAAGAGGCCCUACAGCUGGUGAAGGAGGGCAGGGUGCCGUGCCGGACCCUCAGGACUGAGCUGCUAGGCUGCUACAGUGACCAGGACUUUCUGGCCAAGCUGCAUUGUGUGCGGCAAGCCUUCGAGGGUCUUCUAGAAGACAAGAGCAACCAACUUUUCUUCGGGGAGGUUGGCCGGCAGAUGGUGACGGGCCUGAUGACCAAAGCCGAGAAGAGUCCCAAAGGCUUCCUGGAGAGUUACGAGGAGAUGAUGGGCUAUGCCCUACGGCCUGAGACCUGGGCUACCACGCGGCUGGAGCUGGAGGGCCGGGGGGUGGUGUGUAUGAGCUUCUUUGAUAUUGUGCUGGACUUCAUCCUCAUGGACGCCUUCGAGGACCUGGAGAACCCCCCAUCCUCGGUGCUCGCUGUCCUGAGGAACCGGUGGCUGUCAGACAGCUUCAAGGAGACGGCUCUGGCCACUGCUUGCUGGUCAGUCUUGAAAGCCAAGAGGAGACUGCUGAUGGUGCCCGAUGGCUUCAUCUCUCAUUUCUACUCCGUAUCGGAGCACGUUAGCCCCGUCCUAGCCUUCGGCUUCCUUGGACCCAAGCCCCAGCUCGCAGAAGUCUGUGCUUUCUUCAAGCACCAGAUCGUGCAGUACCUGCGGGACAUGUUCGACCUGGACAACGUGCGCUACACGUCUGUGCCGGCGCUGGCGGAUGACAUCCUGCAGCUGUCCCGGCGCCGCAGCGAAAUCCUGCUGGGCUACUUGGGGGCGCCCGUGGCCAGCAGCGUGGGCCUCAACGGGGCACUGCCGCGAGAGAACGGGCCCCUGGGGGAGCUGCAGUAGUGGUGGGGGCAGGCCUGCAGUUGGGGGUGGGGCGCCAGGGCCUCGUCUGUGAGGGCGGGCGCAGAGAGAAGGCUGUUUCCUCUUCUCUGGGUUGGCAUGGAAGGGCCUGGAGAUCCACGGCCAUCAGCAGCGGCAGAGCCUGGGCUUUGGUGGCCAAGGGCGAUUGCCCCUGACCUUGUCCCUCGUCCUCAUUUGGGAAUCCCCACGAACUGCCUUGGAGAGGGUUUGGAGCCCCUGGGAGCCCACCUGACUGCCCUCAGCCAUCCCUGGGGGAAGCGGCUGCGGGACCAGUGAUCUGUGGGGCCGGAGGGAGAGGAAGGUGGUGGGAGAGAGGGAGGGGUAUUGUGAGGACAGGUGGGACGUGCGGAGCUGGGGCGGCCUUGGUGUGGGACCCCACAGCCUUCCCUGACCCCGGGGCUGCUGAUGAAGGAGGCUGUGGAAGAUGGGUGCCAGGGCUCUGCGGCAGAGGCCACACUGUCCUAGACAGAAGGAACCUGGGCGAGACGCUGCCCGGUCCCGCCGGCCACCACCCAGAGUGUUGACAGCUUCAGAAAGGGAGGGCGGGGCCACAGAGUGCCAGGGGCACCCCUCGGGGGGUGGCAUGCCUAGACCGUCGGAGGGUGGGACAGGGCGGGUCGACUUUCCUUGUGCUCAAGUCUGGGCAGGGACUGGGCCCUUGGCAAACCUAAGCACGAAACCAGAAUGCUGUCCUCUGACAUGCCCUUGUCCUGCCAAAGAGCUAUCUCUCUUUCCCCUUUGCCACCACCAAAGACGGACAGGGGAGGGGGGGCUGGUUCUCGCGCCCCACCCUCCUGCCUCGGUGAGCCUGGAACCCCUGGGUGGUGCUAGGGCGAGCCGGAGGCUCCAGCCAGGGCUUAUCUCAGGCCUGUCGCCUGUGCUGCCGUUGGUGGCGGGGGCCCAGGGACCACGUCAAGAAGGUCAGAGGACACACAGGGCUGGACCGAAUCCCCGGCCCUCAUUAAGCCAGGCGCUUUGCCUUCGGCUCGACACAUAAAAUGCUCUAGCUGGGCAGUGGCUGGUCUUAACAGUCAUCCCCAUGUUGUCCCCACAUCUGCGGGGUGCUGUCAGCCCUGCAGGCUUAUCUCACAGUGUUUUCACCGGAGGUGGGAUGUUUUAUUUAUUGCCUUAACACUUUAUUUUGAGGUCUGCCCCUAUCAGGCCGAGAAGCCUCCCGGAGACACAGAGGCCUCCCUGGUCUCUGUACUCCGGAGGCUGGUUCCCCAGACCAGGGCCCCUAGCCCCUGAAUGGCAGAGGGGUCCUGGCAGGGAGAGAGAGGAGAAACAGAGGGGUCGUGUGGGCCCAGCCCAUCAGCUCUGAGCCCACUCCUCUGCACACUCCCUCCUGCUCCCCAGGCUGGGGGAUCCUGUGUCAAGCCAGGGCUCCCACUCUCCAAGGUUGGUGCCCAGGAAGGAGCAGCCUCCUGGGUAGGGAGGCCUGGGGUGGCCCUCCUCCCCUCCAGCCCCGCAUUCCAUUCAUUUGCACUUACCCUGCGCUAUGAGUGUCAUCUUGGGCCGGGGGCCCCUUUCUGAUUUCCUCCCGAAUCACUCAGAGCGGCAUCUUGGUUUUGUCUUUGUUUACGCGUCCAUGCACUGCCUUGGGCACUGGAUUUGUUGCAGCUUCCAACUUUUGUAUGGUAGAGUGUGUGUGCAUCGACUUCCAAAUAAAUGAUUUAAACAGUGGC